CAAAAGCAAUUCGCCUGGAGAAAAUAUGAUUGGCAACUCGAGGCUGAUUUGCACGCUUCAUCGACGCUGCCUUUGCUUUGCCGCCCCUGCCGAGUUUGCUUUUCUUUUCUUUGCUGCGCUGAAAGAAGGAUCCAGUACGUAGAAGGAGCGCGUCUGACGGCACAGAUAAUACCGGAAAACACGCACACACGGAUCGGACACCUCGUGCUUCCUUGUGGCCUGGGAAUUUGCCGAGCGUCGGAAACCUUCGACCGUUGCUGCUUCUGAUUGGAGGCACGUGCGUCACACACUCUGCGAAGCACCGACGGGCUUCUGGCCGCGCUGGCCACAGGCCUGAGUUCCCCACCCAAAAGAUCCGUUUAUUUACUUGCAGGGCUCCCUGGACACGCAAGGCCAGCUCUGGAGGAUCGCCAACCGCCAGGCGUCGGAUGAGAGUUCGCUGACAAUCAACACGAAGCCUCUUUUUUUCUUUUUUCUUUUACUCACUGUGACCUCACUGUCGCUCCAAUCACUCCCCACCCCUCCCCUCCCGCCCCGAGGCCGGCGCCCGAUUCGCGUCUUUCCGGUAAUGCCCCAGAGUGUGCGUCGUGCUUGCAUCGACCUGGCACCACCACCACCAGCUUAGCUGUCGCGAGGUCGUCCCAGUGACCCACCAAAAAUCAAUGGAGACUGCUCCAGGAUACCGCUCUGCAUCUAAGCGCGACGAGGAUCCCAAGCGGGGUCCAGUUCCAGUUCCGAUGCCCGCCCACGGCCUGACGCUGCCAACACCGCUCAAGUCGCCGGCACAAGCCUUUCAGCGCGACCCCGUCGAGGCCCUGCGCGACCUGCAGUCCGACGCAGAAGCCGACACGCCCGGCGGCCCCGCCCACCCUGACGACGACGACGCUGACGACGAUAGCAUCGCCGACGCGUCUCAUUCCGCCGAUGGCCAGCUCGCCGCCGAGGUUGCCGCCGCCGCCCAGGCAGCACACGACAGUCUUGCCGACGACAGCGACGAUAUAAAACACGAGAAUCACGUCUCCGAUGGCGUCGUAGAUCCAGCAGCCGCGGCCGCCGCAGCUGCUGCUGCUGUCGCCGCCGCCGCAGUAGGCGCCGCCCCGGACCCUGGCCAGCAACCUAAACCGCGCUUCAGAUACGACGCCGAGAAGUUGCUUCUUACGGGCCCCGAAACCUUGGAUACAUGGCUGGCGCAGACGGAGGCCAUCGCGACUGCCACCAACUGCUAUGCCGAGCUCACGCAGCAGUUCAAUGUGGCCACCUUCCCACCCGACGGGACGGUCAUGGCCUUGAUCUGCAGCGCCCGCUUCAACACGGCCUGGCGCAUCCUGGAGGAGACCAUAUCAGGCCCCGUGUGGGCUAUGAUGCGCGUGUACAACCUCCAAGGUCACUACAAGUCCCACUUGCUACCAUACGACCUGUACAACUUUGCUCGCUGGGCUGCUGGUCGCAUGCACCUGGCUGGCACCGAGGAGCAGCCCCAGGAUGAGCGCAUGGCCAUGAUCACGGAGCAGUCCAUCGCCAACCAAAACUUCUAUCCGAGUCCUAAGUGCUACACGGAUGGCUGUACCUGGCUCAGUGACAAGCUGCACGAGCUCAUCCGGCUGGGGGACUGGAGGGUUGCGGCCGCUAUGUACGACCCGCUUCCCGACUGGGCCCCCAGGCCGCCCGCUAGUGUCGAGUCCACGCAGGGAAGCCCCAGCACCGACUCCCAAAACCUGGGCCAGCCACAGCAGGAGCAUGAUCAGCAGCAACAGCAGCCACAGCAACAAGUACAUCAGCAAUCCAACGGGAAGGUUGAGUAUGCAUCACAAUACCCUCCACUCCCCGGCGGACAGACGGACGCGCAGCCCUCGGCGGCCACGUCCUCAUAUGGCUACGCCGCUCCCACGGGAUCAUACCCUCGGCCCCCCGGGCCCAGCGAGGAAAGCCCCAAGGUGGAGGCACCAGGGAGGGUAGAUGAUAACCCGCCUCCCACUAAACGUCGACGGGGGAGGCCGAGCAAAUAUGCCUGAAGUCAAGAAUGGCGCAAGCUGGUGCUCUCUCAGGUCCGGUCCUGGGUGACGCACCUGGCUGCGUCUUGGGGCGGUUUCGCUUUUUCUUAUUUAUCCCUGCUUUUACUGCUAUUCUUCUCUAAACCCUAUUGUUUAUUUCAAGCAGCAACGCCACUGGGCUCAUCGGCAUACUCUCCCCUCCUCGUCUAUGCUGGUGGGAUAGUAGAUGGCGUCGGUGGUGGCCUCGUAUGCGGGUCGUUGGGCCUGGUGUUCGGCGUGGGCGUCUUUCAUCGAUACUUGGGAUGCGGCGUGGCGUUGUUUUCUCGGGAACAUCAUGCCAGAGGAGUCGUGAAAACAAAACGAAUCGGAGGGACCGGGCUUAGGUAUGGAGCAAAACGCGUUACAGGAGUCUUUUUUUCGAUGUAUGAUGGAACACCAAGCCACCCUUUUCUGCUUUUAUUUCCCGUCCGCUUCACUAUUCCCAUGCCUAAUUUAUUGCUCGCUUUCUUGGUCGAGCACCUGGUAUUUCUCUCCCCUUUGUCACUUUUCUUCCCACUGAUUGUCCCUUUUCUGCUGCACGAGGCAACUGCUGCCGUUUACGCAGCGGCGCCCAUCUGCGUGGGAAGGAGCCGAGGUUAGGCUUCACGGUUAGGCUUUGCGGCGGCGGGGCCAAGGGCAGAAACAAGGGCAUCCGGGGUAGAGACUAUACCAUGGGAGGAUUCCUGCGAUUGCACUUCUCUGCGAUAGUGGGCUGUCUCGGACGGGUCCAAACGGUCUCACGAAACAGCGAAUCUCUUUCUUUUUCUCUUUCGGCUGUUGAAUGAACAGCGGUUACGCAUGGUCGUCGUAGGAAUCAGCAGAUAAAAGAAGUAUACCAUUUCCAUCAAGUCCCAUGAUAUACUCGA